UAAAUUUCAAGAGUUAAAAGUACCGAAAAAAAGGCAUUUUAAUUAAGUUUUUCGCAACUUUAUUUAUAUAAAUUAAUUAAAAAGCAUGAACAGUAUUGGUGAGAACUGUAAUGAUUUAAAAUCAAGGUACGACGCAUGCUUUAAUGCUUGGUUUAGUGAAAAAUUCCUGAAGGGUCAUACCGAUGAUUCAGUAUGUAAACCUUUAUUCCUUAGUUAUCAAAAAUGUGUGCAGGAAGCACUGACGCUGCACAAAAUAGACGUUAUCGACCUUAAAACAAAUCAUAUUAAUGGAACUGAAUUUGACAAGCCAACAAAAAGCAAUGAAGACAAUAGUAGCAAAAAAGAAGCUGAAAGCUGAUCAGAAUUUAAAAAAUAUACUUAUUAGUUGUAUCCAGAAUUAAGUUAUAAAUGUUGCACA